AUGCCAGGGUAUGAACCAUUAUCAGAAGACGCAAAUGAAGUCCUAAAAAAUGAAAGCCCGCUGGAAAAUGCUGAACCGUCAACAGCGGAUAAAUUGUCAAUCCCGAUACAUACCGAAGAUCCCACCUUCGCGGAUCAAUUACAAUUAGAUGAGGAGCCAGAAAUUGGCAUCUUCGAACCAAACGAUAGAAGAUACCUUCUUUAUUUCUGCUUGAGCUUUGUCGGCUUUAAAAGUUGUGUAGCAUGGAAGACAACGAAAACCUAUUUUUCACAGGAUAUCAACAGUCCUGGUUUGCGGUUCAUAGUUACUGGGUUGGCUGUUUUGUUUUCGCGGUUUGUUGUUAUGUGCAUUCACUGCCCGUUGAAGAAUGAUGAAGAGUUCUGCGACCCUCUUUCACAAAUGUACCCGAUCGGAGUCAAUGUCACAAAUGGAGAACUGUCCUGUAUUUUGACAACUUCUAACUGCCAGAAGACAACAUGUGAGUGCGACGUGAAACUUGUAAAUGGAUUGGUACGCAACAUCGACUCGUUUGAUCAGUCCCGCGUUCUGGGCUACAAUUAUGACCAAAAGCGACAUUGUAAACGUAGUAGCAGAGACCCAAAUGAGGAAAGCAGUGAUGUUGAGAUGCCUCAAAACGAUAUGUUUCGAAUGGAACUUGAAUCGCUCGCAUUUGAUGAUGUCAACAACGAGGAGCAGCUGCAAAAGAAUCAAGCUCGUCCGAACAGAAAGUUAUCAUUCAAUCCCAGCAAAGGAACACACGACAUUUGCUGCGGUGAUUUCCCCAAUGUCAAGUCGUUCAAUUCUUUCGGAGGUCGCCGGGCUUGCUGUGCAAACAACGUUUACGACAUUCGAAAAAAUGAAUGCUGCGAUGGAUUGAUCAAGCAACUCGGAUCCUGCUGA